AUGAAAGCAAGUGAAAUUAAGAAAAUUGAUGAUAUUUUGAAGCGUGCUCAGAAGGAUAACGUUACUGCCGUAUCCGGUACACUCCAGGAAUUGAUGUCUUUCAGCGGUGAAUACGGUUCUUACAUAAUUCAAAAUGGUUUACCUUUUUUCUUAAAAUUAUUAUCUAAAAAAGGAUUACCAGGUGAUAUAAAUCCAACAGUUAUUAUGCUUUUAAGUCAAAUUGUUAAAAAUGAUGAAAAAUCUGCUUUCAUUUUAUUCAAAAAUCCGCAAUUUCUACCGACAAUACUAUCAUUACUUGAAACUGGAGAUAAUGAACUUAUGCUUAUGACUCAAAAACUCUUGAUUAUUGAUCCUAUUGAAAUAAUUACUUUUAUUCAAAAUCAAAUCAAAAUAUUAACGCCUUUGGUCGACUGCGUUUGCAGAGGUGGUAAUAAGGAAGCGUCAAAGUUACUAAUUAUGCUUGCAGGUGCCCCAACUCUUUGUCAAUUAGUUUUACCUAUAAUUAUCCCAAAUAAACAUAGGUUUCCUAUACCAGAUCUUAUUAAUCUCAUCAUUUCUAACUCUAAUCUUAAGGAUAUGACCCCUUUGACCGAGUUUGCUUCGAUUAUUUUACAUCAUCCUUCGAUAAAUCAACUUGAUUUCAAAGAUUCACUCAUUUCUUACCCUGAUGCGUGGUCGGAUAUAUCUAUUCUCAAGAUAUUAAACCAUUUUAAACCAUCAGAUAAAGCAGAAGACGCCGAAUUACAUGAAUUUGUUAAAUUUAUAUGCGAACAGCCUGCGCAAAGCUUUGAUGUAUCAGAAACAGAUGUUUUGCUGUUUAGUAAUUCACUUUUGAAUCCAACUACGAAAAUUCCUGAAAAUAAUUUACACAAAAGUGUGUUUUAUUUCAUUAGAUUCUAUGUAUUGUCAUUCUGCAACCCAGAACUAGUGACACAAGAAGCGAAAGACUUUAUUUAUUCGAAUCUUACGUUUGAUUCAAAUUAUUCUACAUUAGGAGCUGUCCAAUGCAUAAUUUAUUGGUCAUUUCACUUCAAGUGCCUUGUACCUGUUGAUACUGUUUAUAAAAUUGCUGCUCUUUUCUAUUCAAACCCUGAUUCUAAGGAAGAAUCGAAUUUGAUCAGGGCAUCGAUACGAACCCUAUCUGAUUCGAUCAAUUCUGCAGCAACUAUACAGCUUUUUGACGAAGAACUCCGUUUUAGCGAGGAAGAAUUGGCUGAAUUUGCUAAUUCUCGUCCUUCUUGGUUGUUCCCGCAUGUUUUAAUGAUGCUAGGUGAUGUUUUGAAGCAACCAAUAUAUGAUGCAACCAUUCACUUGGAUGUUUUAGGAGAAUUGAACAAAUUUUUCGGUUUAUCUUCUCCUUUGGAGAUCAAAUCUUCAUAA